UUCUUAUGCUUGCCUAAUUUAUGUUGGCUAUAGCCGAAUCACAGUCUUAUUGCGCAAAGGAUCCAAAGAAACAGAGAAAAGGCCAAGAACUAUAAUAUUUACAAGCCCAAACUGUCAUUAAACCAUUGAAGCCCAUGAGAUUCCCGAAUGAUUGAAUUGAAUCAGGUCGAGAAAAGGAUAAACAGAGAAGAAAGAGAGUGAUACUUCAUUAGGGAAAAAUGAGAGAUAGAAGGAAACUAUAGAGAUUGUUAGUCAAACAAAAGGUUACUAUUAGUAAAACGAUAGUGGGUACAGCUUUAAUAAACUUAAAUGCAUUCGAAGAUCAUAAAAUACGUAAUUACCCUCCAUUUUUAUCCAACAUUAGUAAGGUUUAGUAAAGAUGGAUGUAAAUUUCAUAGAAUUCUAGUCAGUUUUCACCUUUAAAUUUGAGGUUUGAGGUUUGCUCCUUUGUUUUGAUAAACAAAUAACCCUCUCUUUCUCAUUACUGUCUUUAACUUCUCCUCAAAGGUAUCUUUGAUCAUGCUUUUUUUUUUUUUUGUUAAAGCUUCCAUGGGUGUAAGAUGUAUGCAUUUCAUGAUCGGUGUUGUAAACAAGAUUUCUGUAUUUCUUUUCAUCGAAAAAUGGGUUUCUUAUUUGUCUUCCCUCGCACAUUAAUAACUUGUUCAUAAAGAAAUAUGAUCUCACAUAUAUAGAUCAUCAAACUUGUUCAAACUAUUUCUCAAUGAAUUGAGAAUUACAUUUAUAAUCGCUGAUUAUAAUUGAAUCUUAAAUCAUUGUAGACUAUUAUAAUCAAAGUUCUAUUUUUUUUUGUUUUAUCUAUUUUAUAGUUAAGAUCACUGUUGAUUAUAGUUUUAAUAUAUCUAUAUUCAACAGAAAUGGAAGACUACAAUGAUGUUUUCGGUGGCAUUGGAACCGGAGGAGGGAAAGGCAAAGGGAAAAAUAUACCAAACCAAUGCAAACUGGAUGUUGAAGCUCGACGUGAACAAGCGAAGAAAACACAACAAGCUGGUGAAAGAGCAGAAUCAGUCGAAGAAUUUCCAAUUCCAGAAGAUUAUGGGGAUGGUAGUCGUAUCGAUUUCUGUUGGACUCGUACACAUAAGCAUUUGCUACAAAGAAUUGUAGAGCAAAAAGAAGACGACUGUUGGGCUUGGGCUCUAGUUAGAAUCUUACAAUUUUACUACAAUAUGAACAUUACCGCAAUUGCUGAGCAGAAGACCUUAUCAAUCAAAUCACUUGUCAAAUAUGUGAUACUUGGCAGGAAAGAAGCAGAGAAGAAUAAGAAGUUAUUAGACAGCAAAAGUUUGGCUGUCACUUCAUUAAAGAGAGCUAUUGACUACAUUCACGAGACAGGAAUUGAAAAAGAUUAUGGAACACAGGUUUCCAUUCGCUUUAUACUUUUUCUAUAUAUAUGUUACAUGCAUGUUUAUAUCUUCGUACAAACUAUACAUUUCUCUUACCAUUUCAAAAAAAAAAAAAAAAACUAUACAUUUCUUUAGU